GGCCAGGGGUCAGGCCGGAUCCAAGAUGGCGGCUGCGCCGGGGCGGUGGUCACUGUGGCUGACCCUGUUCCUGGGGGUCUCUCUCGCCGUCGACCGAAGCAACUUCAAGACCUGCGACCAGAGCGGCUUCUGCAGGCGCCAGCGCCGGAUCCAGCCGGGAAAUUCCCCGUUCCGGGCCCUGCUGGAGUCGCUGGAGCUCGUCCAGGACUCGGCCCGGGUGCAGCUGCUCAAUGAGGUGACACAGGUCCCCCUGCUCCUGGAGAUCUGGGGGCUCCAGGGGAACAUGACGAGGUUCCGGAUCUCGGAGCUGAACCCGCUGCGGCCCCGGUUCCAAGUGCCCGACGUGCUGGUGGGGGACCCCAAAACCGAGAGGCUGGCAGUGACGGGCAGGGACGGGGGCACCCUGGAGCUGUCCCUGGGCCCGGGGGGGCUGCGCCUGCUGGUGACGGAGCGGCCGUUCCGGAUGGAUCUGCUGCGGGAGCGGGAGCUGCUCUGCAGCGUCAACGCCCGCGGCCUCCUCGUCUUCGAGCACCUGCGGCGCCGCCGGGACUCGCUGGCGGAUAAAGUUAGUUCUGUGUGGGAUAAGAUCAAGAGCCUUUUCCGUAGGGACCCCCCCAAGGACCCCCCUGGCGAGGAGGGGGCGGCGCAGGAGGGGCCCGAGGACGGCGACGCCGGGAACCGCAGCCAGAAGCCCCCCGAGCCCCCCGCGGAGCCCGAGGACGAGCCGGGGUCGUGGGAGGAGACGUUCAAGACACACACGGACAGCAAACCCAACGGACCCACCUCGGUGGGGUUGGAUUUCUCCCUGCCGGGCUUCGAGCACGUUUAUGGGAUCCCCGAACACGCCGAGAGCCUGAGGCUGCGCCCCACGGAGGGGGGUGACCCGUACCGGCUGUACAACCUGGACGUGUUCCAGUACGAGGUGUUCAACCCCAUGGCCCUCUACGGCUCCGUCCCGCUGCUCCUCGCCCACCGGCCCCGCCAGACCCUCGGCGUCUUCUGGCUCAACGCCGCCGAGACCUGGGUGGACAUCGGCUCCAACACGGCCGGCAAGACCCUCUUCGGGAAGCUGAUGGAUUACAUGCAGGGAGGGGGCGAGACCCCCCAGACCGAGGUUCGCUGGAUGUCGGAGAGCGGGGUCAUCGACGUGUUCCUGCUCCUGGGGCCACGGCCCAGCGACGUCCUGGGGCAGUACGGGAGCCUCACCGGGACGCAGGCGCUGCCGCCGCUGUUCUCCCUGGGGUACCACCAGAGCCGCUGGAAUUACCAGGACGAGGCGGACGUGGAGGCCGUGGAGAGGGGCUUCGAGGAGCACGAGCUGCCCCUGGACGUGCUGUGGCUCGACAUCGAGCACGCCGACGGCAAGCGCUACUUCACCUGGGACCCCACCAAAUUCCCCCGGCCCCGACAGCUCCUGGAGCGCCUGGCGGCACGGAAACGCAGGAUGGUGAGCAUCGUGGACCCCCACGUCAAGGUGGACGGGGGGUACCGGGUGCACGCCGAGCUCCGCGCCCGCGGCCUCUACGUCAAGACCAAGGACGGCCACGACUACGAGGGCUGGUGCUGGCCCGGCUCCUCGGCCUACCCCGACUUCACCAACCCCGAGACGCGCGACUGGUGGGCGUCCAUGUUCGCCUUCGACCAGUACGAGGGCUCCACGGGGUCGCUGUUCACGUGGAACGACAUGAACGAGCCGUCGGUGUUCAGCGGCCCCGAGGUGACGAUGCACAAGGACGCCGUGCACUACGGGGGGUGGGAGCACCGGGACGUCCACAACAUCUACGGGCUCUACGUGCACAUGGCCACGGCCGAGGGGCAGAUCCGUCGCUCCGGGGGGCGGCUCCGGCCCUUCGUGCUCAGCAGGGCCUUCUUCGCUGGAUCCCAGAGAUACGGAGCCGUUUGGACCGGGGACAACACGGCGGAUUGGGAGCACCUGAAGAUUUCCAUCCCCAUGUGCCUGAGCUUCGGGCUGGCAGGGCUGGCCUUCUGUGGGGCCGACGUGGGGGGGUUCUUCCAGAACCCGGGUGCGGAGCUGCAGGUGCGCUGGUACCAGGCCGGGGCGUUCCAGCCCUUCUUCCGCGCCCACGCCCACCUGGACGGCGCGCGGGAGCCGUGGCUGCUGCGCCCCGAGCACCUGCAGCUCGUGCGGGCGGCCCUGCGGCGCCGCUACGCCCUCCUGCCCCUCUGGUACUCGGCCUUCUACCGCUGCCACCGCUCCGGGAUGCCCGUCAUGAGGCCCCUCUGGGUGGAGUUCCCCGAGGACCCCCACACCUUUGCCAUGGAUGACCAGUACAUGAUCGACCGGGUGCUGCUCGUGCACCCCGUGAUGGAACAGGGGGCUCGGGGGGUCCAGGUGUACCUGCCUGGGGAGGGAGAGGUUUGGUACAACGACGAGACCCACGAGCAGCCGGCGCCCCAGACCCUCUACGUGCCCGUGACCCUGAGCACUAUCCCGGUGUUCCAGAGGGGGACGGUGAUCCCGCGCCAGGACCGGCCCCGCCGCUCCAGCGAGGCCAUGAAGGACCCCUUCACCCUCUACGUGGCCCUGAGCCCCUAGGGCACGGCUGAGGGGGAUUUGUUCCUGGACGACGGCGAGAGCUUCGACUUCGCCACCCAGGGCCGGUUCCUGCACCGCAGGUUCAGCUUUGCCAACGGCACCCUCACGGCCAGCUCGGCAGACCCGCGGGCCCUGCCCAGCCCCUCGUGGCUGGAACGUGUGGUGGUCCUGGGGUCCCCACCCGGCCCAGCUCCGUCCUGCUGCGGCCCUCGUGCCCCCCAGCUCUUGGUGUCCCCUGGAGCCCCCGAGCAGCCCCUGGACUUCCAGCACGACCCCGGGCGGGGGGUCCUGACCCUGCCGCCCGGGGUCCCGAUCGGCGCCGACUGGAGCAUCUCCCUGCGAUAA